CUACAAGCAAGGCCAUCAGAUGGCAGUGUGCAUCCGUCGUUUUGCAGCGGAGAAGGUGAACCGGACAUUGAACAAACAGAGAACGUUUCCUGAAAAACAGAGAAGGUUUCCAAACGCUCUGCAACACAACGUGAGAGUGGGGAAACCUGCUGCUCGGCUCGAGAAGGUGCUGCAGGAGGAAGCUAUAAGAUGGCUGUCGAUGCAAGUGGGUCGCCCCGUUAGAAUUGUGGCUGAACUUUGGAACAGCGAUGAUAGCAGACGCGGAGAUGCCCGGCAGAGAUUCUGGCCAAAAGGAGAAUGAAAGUCACCCUGAGUCUGACAACGACCUGGAGAAUCAGAGGAGGAGAAGUCAAAGCACCACUGCUUCAUGGAAGAGACGGAGGGACCAGCCUGAGAAAAGCCGGCGGAGAUCAUCAACCACAAGAAGUCGUCGCAAGAUUCGAUCAAAUGGACACCAACAGCAAGAUGAGGUUGAGGCCGUCACACUGUUUGAGGUGGUCAGGAUGGGCAAGAGCGCGAUGCAGUCUGUAGUUGAUGACUGGAUUGAAGAGUAUAAACAAGACAGAAAUGCCGCCCUCCUGGAUCUCAUCCUUUUUUUUAUCCAGUGUUCAGGAUGCAGAGGAAUGGUUACAGCUGAGGUUUUUCAAAAUAUGCAUAGUCCUGACAUUAGGAGAAAAAUGACUGAGGAAUUUGAUGAGGAGACUGGGUUACAGUACAAGAAAUUCAUGGUGUAUCCCUGGAUAUUGAAUGUCACAUGGCCACUUGAAAUGGACAGUGGGGAUUAUCCACUGACAAUGACGGGACCCUAUUGGAGGAAGUUCAAGCCCAACUUCUGUGAAUUUAUCUCUGUGUUGAUUCAGCACUGUCAGUACACCAUCAUACACGAUGAAUAUCUGAUGGACACAGUCAUCUCCCUGCUUGCCGGCCUCUCCGAUUCUCAAUUGCGGGCAUUCCGACAUACAAGUACGCUCGCAGCUAUGAAAUUAAUGACGGCAUUAAUCAACGUGUCUCUGAGUCUGAGGGUACAGCUACACAAUGCCCAACGGCAGUGUGAAGUGGAGAAGAGUAACAGAAGCCACAACCGUGGACUGGAAGCAUUGGUGCGGAAGAAGGGAGAGAUUUUAGAGAAGCAGGAGAAUAUUGAAAACCUGAUGGAUGCCAUUUUUAAAGGAAUCUUUGUCCAUCGAUAUCGUGAUGCAUUGUUUGAAAUCAGAGCCAUUUGUAUCGAGGAAAUAGGUAUCUGGAUGAAGACCAGCAGCGAUCGCUUCCUGACUGACAGCUACUUGAAAUAUGUGGGGUGGACUUUGCAUGACAAACAAAGUGACGUGAGAUUGAAAUGCCUGAUUGGAUUGGUGAACCUGUACUCUGACAAGGAGUGUUGUACAAAGAUGGAUCUCUUCACCUGUCGCUUCAAGGAUAGGAUCAAGUCAAUGAUAUUGGACAAAGAAAGUGAAGUGGCCGUACAAGCAAUUAAGGUGUUGACUCUCAUGAUGCAGAACUGUGACGAAGCCUUGUCAUCAGAAGACUGCAAACAGUUGUACCAUUUUGUUUACUCCGCGCACAGACCUGUUGCCUUGGCAGCUGCAGAGUUCUUGCAUUGGAAGUUGUUUUGCAGUCAGGACUCUGAAGUGCCAGAUGAAGUGCAAGAGAGAAAGGAUACGCACCACAUCAGCCACUUGAAGACUCUGGUGAACUUCUAUCUGAAGAGCGAGGGAUGUACACAUUCAGCCUACCUCGUUGACAGCCUCUGGGACUCUUCGGCAGUUCUACUGAAGGAUUGGGAGUCCAUGACGGCUCUACUGCUGCAAGAUGGCGGCCCAGAGGAGGAAGCUUUCACUGAUUUGCAGAAGGCAGCAUUGGUUGAAGUCAUGCUGAGCUCAAUACGCCAGGCAGCUGAGGGUCUCCCGCCUGGAGGCAGGUGCUUAGGAAAGAAGGUUCAGAUGGGAAAGGAGAGAAAGUCACAUCUCGACGAUCGGGCGAAGCUGACUGAACAUUUCAUCGUGGCACUUCCACAGCUGCUGGCCAAGUUUUCCACCCAUGGGGAGAAAGUAAUUAAAUUAAACCUUCUACAAAUACCACAGUAUUUUGAUCUGGAGGUUUACAGCACUUUGCAACUGGAAAAGCAUUUGGACACCCUACUGAAGCAGAUAAAGGAGAUAGUGGAGCAGGAGGUGGGCUCUGAGGUUUUGGAGUUCUGUUCGAAGGCAUAUCUGUUCCUCAGUAAGGAAGAGCUGGCUGCUCAUGAACAAGUAGAACUUGCAAAAAGCCAACUGUUCGACCAGCUCGUGGGAAAGUUCAACCUGCUGCUGAAAGACUUUCUUCACAAGGGUGACCGGUUUGACGAGGAUGAAUCUUACCAAAUGUGGUCCACGCUGAAGAGAAUAACUACCUUCCAUAAUGCUCAUGAUAUAACUCGAUGGAACCUGCUGAAUAGCACCUGUAAGCUGCUGAAGAGCGGGUUGGAGGAUGGCAAUGUCACCGAGCCGAUCAUUAUUCAAGCCAUAAAGUGCAGCUACUUUGACAUCAUGUGGCAACUCUCCAAAGUAUCUGAAGGCAUUUCCCCUCAGAGCAUGCAAGUGCUGGUGGGGAAGCAGAUGAGGGGAUUCUGUUACAUUUGCAGACGGUACCUGACCAAUGUCAGCAACGUGGUCAGAGAGCAGGCCUUUGUGAUCCUUUGUGACCUCCUGCUGGUCUUUAGCCACGAGGUGCUGUCCAGUGGCCACGAGAACAUUGAGCCCUUUGCCUACGUCCCAGAGGCUUCCUUGCAGUCCGAGCUUGUGGCCUUCGUCAUGGACCAUGUCUUCAUCCCUCAAGACAAUGAGAAUGUCAACAAAGAUGAAGAAUGCAAAGUGGGAAUAUUACACAACAGGAGGAACCUGCUUGCGGCCUUCUGUAAGCUGAUCGUGUUCAGUGUGGUGGAGAUGGACAUCGCCGCUGAUAUCUUUAAACAAUACAUCAAGUAUUACAUCGACUAUGGGGACAUCAUUAAGGAGACGCUCAGCAGGACCAGACAGAUUGAUAAAAUCCAAUGUGCAAAGACCUUGAUUCAGAGCUUAAAGCAGCUGUUCAGUGAACUGGUGGAAGCUCAAGGCUCCAACGCAACCAGAUGGUCUCAACCCUUCAUCAGCAUCAAGGACUUGGCCAGGCGCUUCUCACUGACCUUUGGCUUGGACCAGUUGAAAGCCAGGGAAGCGAUGAGCAUGUUGCACAAAAAUGGCAUUGAAUUUGCCUUCAGAGAUGUCAAUGCAAAGGGCACCAAUCAGCCUCCGUCUAAUCUCGCCUUCCUGGACAUCUUGAGCGAAUUUUCCCCAAAGCUGCUGAAAACAGACAAGAGAACAGUAUUCUAUUGCCUGGAGAGAUUCAUUACAGACCAGAUGGCCGUAGAGAGUGGAGAGGAGUGGCUGCCACUGGCUGCAUACAGAAGGUCCUUGCUGGACACCAGGGAUGAUGAUACCACUUCUACAAGCAGUGGAGAUAGGAGUCCUUCCUCCCCAGUGCAACACAGCUCCAAAGCAGCAUCUCUGAAAAGAAGACACCAAACAGAAGACAGCGUUAGUAAUGAGGAGCAGAAAGGGAAGAGCUUACCUAGUUGCCUGAUGUCUCCGCUGACUUCGACAGAACACAGAGAUCAUGAGAGGCACGCGCAUCAGGGGAGAAGUUACACGAAGGAGACUGCGAUGGAUCAGGAUGGGCUGCAGUCACUUUGCAGUGAGUAUAAUAAUCCCACAAUAAUGGGAAACAACGAGAGAACAGCAACAGAAGAGGCAGCUGAAUCACCCGGCAGUGAUUUUGACGAUUUGAAUGAAGUAUUGGAUAUUGACAAUGACUGAUGUGGACUUGAUGCCAGUGGCAGGAAUAACUCAAGGCACCAUCUCCAUCAACAUUUCAAUUGUGCGCAGUCAAAGGCUCCGAACUCUUCAAAAAGAAUUUAAAAUAUAAACAUUUUGAGAACUAGAGGACAAUGUAAAACGGUUGGUGGUAAUGUUGCAGUACCGAGAAACGAAGCACAAUUACCUCACAGAUAACCUUCUGCAGAAGUAUAUCCCCCUUGGGUGGGAUCAUUCUUUGAAGGACAUUUGUUUUCUGCAGCUCACACUAAAACAUUUUAUUUCAUCCUUUCAAAAAUGUUUGAAAACGGUUCCCUGUACAUGUCACAUAGAAAAUAAGUGCAGGAGUAGGCCAUUCGGCAUCGGGCCAGCACCCCCAGUUAAUAUGAUCAUGGCUGAUCAUCCACAAUCAGUAUCCCGUUCAGGCUUUUACCACCCAAUAUCCCUCGAUUCCCUUAGCUCUGUGCUAAAUCUAACUUGCUCCAGUUGUACAAUAUGUGGAAUAUUAUGUUAACAUUCCCAAUCUGCACUUACUAAUGAAGAAUGGUCAUUUGGGUAAAGAAAUAGGGAGAUGCUAAUGUCAAUAAAAUCACAUUUGGCAUAACAGCAGAAAAAGGUGACAAAAUGAGCAAAAUAUAUGUCUUUGCAUUUAAUAAUGUAUCAAAACUAACUGUUUUAUUAUGUAUUUACAAAUCAUGAACUGAGUGCCAAGUAAUAUAUAGGACAAUUUUAUCAAAGGAUGCCAGAACUGUAAUUUUAAUAGUUAAUGCACGUGAAGAUGCAUCAGAAUCUGUUAGUCAUGAAUUAUUAACCAAGUGUUAGAAAGACCAGCUCCUGUUGGGGGUUAAGUCUGUAAUUGGCUGAUGAUCUAGGCAAGAGCUGCUAGUGGAGGCAAGUUAGAUGGUCAGAUUAAACUGAGAUAUUUAAAAUUCAGUGAAGCUAGGUUAUUAUCCAAAUUAGGUCCAAGCUUGCUUGAUAAAGGAGAAUGUAAAGGGGAUAGUUGACAAAAGCAAUGGUUAGUAGAUAAAAGCAAAUGUUGAUUUACCAAAAAAACUCCACAGUGCUGGAGUAACUCAGCCGGUUGGGCUGAAAAAGGGUCCCAAUCUGAAACAUUGCCUGUCCAUCUCCUUCAGAGUUGUUGAGUUACUCCAACACUUUUUUUUCA